CAUGCGCAACCACGAAAUUACACCGCGCGUCCACCUCUGCUUCUGCGCACUAUUAUGCUCAAUGAGUUCGUUGAAGCUUGUUUGUUUUCUCGUAGAACCAAGRGAUUCAACAGUCUCCACGGGCUUAGCCGUGGUCUAUGGAAGCGUUGGUGGGGGAGUGGUGCUGAUCAUUUUGAUCGUUAUUGUYUUGUGUUAUAAACGCAGAAACCGAGAGCCACCACCUCCUUGUCCUAAGCCGCAGUUACGAGUACCUGAAGAAACUCGUCACCACAGAAGUCUUAGUAUUUCUAUGAAGGAAUUAACUUCACGAAUGUCAAGAAAAGCAUCGAAAGACCGCUACAGCACAAGACAACCACCUUUUCACGAAAACCAAGAAGACAGUCAGGACUUUCUAGAUGAAACCAACGGGUCUUACGUCAAUGCACAAUCUGUGAACGAGCAUGCGCAAUCAGCAAUAUACGAUAACCUUACCUUUGUUGAUAAAUCAGUAGAGGGCUGGGAAAUACCGCGAGAAAGAGUACGAGUCGAAAAGAUAAUCGGAAAAGGAGCAUUCUGUCAAGUUGCUAAAGCAUUUGUCGAGGGAAUUGGAACAGUGGCUGUGAAAAUGAUUAGAGACAAAACUGGAAAAGAAUCCAGUCGCAAAGAUCUUUUAGCAGAGUACAAACUACUUCAACACCUUGGUCAACACACUAAUAUCGUGCUGGUUCUGGGUGGUGUGACCACAACAGAUCCAAUCAUGGUGCUAUUUGAGUAUGUCCCAUACGGUGAUCUGCUGGGCUACCUAAGAAGRAGUCGCGGGCUCAACGAUACAUAUUAUGAGGACCCGGAUGAGAAGCCUUCUAGCUCAUUAACGUCGCAACAGUUGAUGAGAUUUUCACGAGAAAUUGCUGAUGGAAUGGCCUUCCUUUCUGCGAAAAAAAUUGUUCAUCGAGAUCUCGCAGCUCGUAACGUCCUGGUUUGUCAAGGAGAGAUGUGCAAGAUAACUGACUUUGGAAUGGCGAGGGAUGUUGCAAACGACGAUAUUUACCAAAAAAGAACCAGGGGUCGUCUUCCUGUGAAGUGGACAGCAUACGAGGCACUAUUAUAUGGUUUUUACACGACGCAGAGUGAUGUGUGGAGUUAUGGGAUUGUUCUUUAUGAAAUAUUUACGAUAGGCGGUUGUCCUUAUCCUGGUCAAGAUGGCCGACUCCUUGCUCAGCUAAUACAAAGUGGAUACAGAAUGCCUAAACCCAAACAUGUAGACAAAGAAAUAUAUGCGUUGAUGUCAGAAUGUUGGAAAACUGAGCCGGAAAGACGGCCGACAUUUAAUCAGAUCAUCAAGACGUUAAAAAGAUUGGGACGUGAUCCCAAGAACCACAUAUUUAUGAAUCAAUAUGAGAAAAACCUGUAUGAAAAUCUCGACGAUUUAUCUAMAUUAACAUACGAGACACGUUUCACAUUGGCUAGAAUCUGUUCCAAGCCUUGUUUUACAAUGACCCCUUCCAACCCUCUACAAGUUGUCGAAGGUGAGACAUUUGAAAUCAGGUGGGAAUACUGGAGCAAGAAUUCUUUGUCUUUAGCUCAGUGGAAGAAAUAUGAUAACCAAGGWAACCUAAAGGAUCUCAUUGCGGAACAGCACAGAGGAGGGAGCAUAACUUAUUCGUCAAAUUACAAAGACAAGGUGGAAGUUUUUGAYGAAGUGUCGCUUCGUGUGAAAAACCCUAAUCCAAGUGAUGCUGGUUGGUAUGGAUGCCAGCUGACGUUCAAUGGCGUGAGUGAUGUACUAAGAAACAAGACACAGGUGCUGGUUGCCUCUGCAUCAGGAUCAARAGGGUCUAAUGGCCGCCAUUWCUACUGGAUCUUCGUGGUUGUKGUWUUCCUUCUCAUCGUCCUGGUGUUARUCUACAUMUAUCUUCAGAGACGAAAACAACAAAAACUUAAACGAAUGAGGAAAAGUCAGCAAGCUCCCAACGGCAAUGUAAUGUUUGACUUGGACAACCUUGAAGAUGGAGUGCACGGCGAUGCUGACGCUAACUAUCAAAUCAUUCCACCGAUCRGGACAGAUCCCGAAUCCCGAGAGUGGGAAUGCCCGCGGGACAACAUCGUGGUUGUCAAGGUCAUUGGAAAAGGAGCGUUUGGGCUUGUUGCUAAGGGAAUUGURCAGAUUGGAGAAAAAAGAGAAGAUACUAUUGUCGCCUUGAAAAUGUUGAAAAAAAAUGCAACCGAAAAUGAYAAAAAAGACUUCUUGGCUGAAUUGGAACUGAUGAAGACGCUGGAUUACCAUCCUAAUGUUAUAUCACUGUAUGGAUGUGUAACUGUCGAAGAGCCGUACUUAAUGAUCAUCGAGUAUGUGCCRUUUGGGGAUCUUUUGGGUCACUUAAGAAAGAGUCGCGGGUUGAUAGAUACUUACUUUGAUGAUCCGGACAUCAAGCCAAAAAGUUCUCUAACUUCAAAACAGCUUUUCUCAUACGCCUCACAGAUUGCUAACGGAAUGGUUUAUCUUUCCUCUAGAAAGGUGGUACACAGGGAUCUCGCUGCGAGGAACGUACUUGUUAGUGAAGGAGAGGUUUGCAAGAUCACAGACUUCGGUCUUGCUCGUGAUAUUCAUCAAGAGAACAUCUAUACUCGCACUACCAAGGGUCGUUUACCAGUCAAGUGGACAGCGUACGAAUCACUGUUGUACGGAACUUGCACCACCAUGAGCGAUGUAUGGAGCUUUGGUAUUUUGCUUUACGAGAUAUUCACUAUUGGUGGAUCACCGUACCCAAAAGUAGAAGGGAAAGAUUUGGUCAACCUUCUUCAAGAAGGAUACAGGAUGCCUCGACCAAAACACGUCCAACAAGAGCUUUAUAAAUUAAUGAUGGAAUGCUGGCAAGAAAAGCCYGAGGGUCGACCAACCUUCCACUCUUUACGUGAGAGUUUAAAGAAGAUGUCUUCAGCUCAUAAUGAUUAUGUCAGACUUGAAGAGUACGACUCGAAACUUUACGAAAAUCUUGAUGAUCUUCAUUUUUAAUUUCAACAUUUCUGCACGUCAUCCCGGCGUGCUUGGUCUUCACCACGAGCACCACGAGCACACUUCCCGUUCCGGGGG